GGAGACAAUGGCCCCUUGAGAGAAAAGUACGGUUUAGGCAAAGAAAAAGAAAAGAAGCUCGCAGCGCGCGGGGGAGGAGCAAGAAAAAUGGAUUUCCAACAACAACACCACCACCACCACGGUUACAUGAGACCUCAAGCACAACCUCCAUCUGUGGCCGAUCCGCAGCAGCAACAGCAGCUUCCCCCCAGACUGCCGCCCCCUCCUCCUCCUCCCUCUUGGUUCUCGGGGGGGCAGUUCCAGUAUCAGCAUCCUUCUUCUCAUCAAUCUCCAUCGCACCCACACGCCCAACAGUGGCUUCCGCCACCACCGCUUCACUCUGAUCAUCACCACUCCUAUCCUACGCCUCCUUAUCCUACUCCUAAUCCUUAUCAAAAUCAUUUCCCCCCUCAUCUUCCUUUGCCUGGAUCUCACAUGCCUCCUCACUAUCCUCAUUCAUAUUCACAGGAUUGGAACAACAGUUGGGGUAAUAAUCAAGGUUGGAACCAUCCAGCUCCUAACAAUGAGGAAGAUUGGGCUUCCAAAGCCAGAGCAUGGGCAGCUUCCAAAGCUGAAACAGAUAACCAGCAGCAUUUUGCACCUGUUGGAAAACCAGAAGACCAAGGCCAUUUUCCUGAUCAAUAUUCACAAACUUCAGGACCUCAUUAUUCUGAUGGUCAUCUGUCUUCUGCUACCGUUUCUGGCUAUCAGCAGUAUCCAGCAGUCUCAUUCCCUCAGAGACCAGUGUCCUUGCAUCCUCAAGAAUCUCUUCCUAUUGCUCAUAUUCAACAUGUUGACCACUUUUCCUUUAAUAAGGAUGCAAAGUUUGGGGGAGACUCACGUUCUGCUUUUCAUCAUCACCAAGAAAGUCUACCUGCAACUGCUUCAUUGUCUCAGCAGGAGGUAUCUUCUAGUUAUUCUUCUGUUGCAGGUAAAGAUGGAGAUCAUUUUCCACACCAUGCAAACACAACAUUUCCUGCAGUAGGUGCACAAUCAGUUCCAAUGGAUCAAUCAUACUAUCCAUUUGGCCUGCAGCCUGUAAAUCAUGCAACUGAUCUUAGUGAUCAGCCCUUAGACUUCACACACAAGUUUGAUCAUGCCCUUGAUCACAAGCAACCGAGUUAUAGGAAAUGUGAUACUGGGUCAGCAUCUAUUCAUACUUGGCCUGCCACAGUUUAUCCUCCAGUUCCUCCUGUAUUAUCAGGGCAACAGCAUGACCCUUCAUUGGCUUUAGUUUCUCCACUCCCUGGACCUACUCCACUAUUUGGAACGAUAUCUGGGCCUAGUUUCCAGUCUCCAAUUCAACCUGUUGGUGUACCCUUCAGCAUUGCAACGGCAAGUGGGCUAGAUCCCAUUACAGUUUUUCCUAUGGAUGCAUAUGGAGUUUCUAGUAUGGUUGAGCGUCCGAAGAAGGCUUCUGUACCUAACUGGCUUCGAGAUGAAAUCAUUAAGAACAAAGCCACUAUUGCAAGUUCGGCUCCUGAGCUGUCCAAAGAGGAGGCUGAAUACCCUGAAGAUGAAACUGCUGACAAACCACUUGCUAGAGCUGGCCAGAUAGAUAACAUAAACAUUGAUUCUUCUAGGUCCGAGGAAGAAGAUGAUGAUGAGGAUGAGCUAGAGACAACUAGGUCUGCAGCAAUAAAUCAUCAAAUAAAACGUAUCUUAACUGAAGUCCUUCUCAAGGUUACUGAUAAACUCUUUGAUGAAAUUGCAAUGGAAGUUCUCAAUGAAGACGUACUCUCUGUUGAUGUUAAACAUGGCGAUGCAAGUAAAAAAGUACCACUUUCAGCGACAGCAGUUCCUUCUCCUAAGGCUUCUACCAGUGUUUUAAUUACAGCCAAAGUGAAAGAAGUUACUGAAGAUGAUAGUAAUAAAUCUGGUUCUAGUUCUCCUGCUGAUAUUCUGGGUCUUGGUACUUAUGCGUCUGAUGAAGAUGUUGAAGAAAUCCACACUUCUGCUAAACAAAACUCAAAGGACAUUAAUGUUCAGCAGCAACAUGCUGAACAUCUUUCAGAAGAUAAACUCAUCUUUGGGAAUGCUGUUUCUCUAGAUCAAACCAAACAAAAUAGGAAUUUGCAUGGAGAUGUUGAGAGAUCAAACUCCAAUGCAAGUGGUGCAUUUGGUAGGGAGUUGGUUGAUAAUAAGACAGGCAAAGAAUCAUCAGAAAUUAAUGCUGGAUCCAGACACUCAACAAAAUACAAUUCUCAAGUUCUGGAUUACCAGGAUCAUCUUGAUGAUCAAAAGAUGCUUGAUGGAGCUGAUGCUGGUAACAGAGUUGCUUCUGUAGACAUUGAUAAACACACUGAACACACAGUUGGUGAUGUUGAAGCAAAAAAGUUGGCUAUAGGGGAAUAUGAAGGCAAAGGGAGCAAGGGUAAAGAACAGAAGAAUGGUACAUCUGAAACCCGACGAAAUGCCUCUGCAAAGGUCUCAAUCAAGGAGCCAGAUUGUAUUCAAAAUGAUGAACUUGACAAGGGAGUUAAGUCUGAUGGCAAGAGGGAUGAAAAUCAAGCAAAGAAAAUUAGAACAGAAUGUAGAAAUGGUUCAAAUGAGAAAAUAAAAGAACAAGGUGGUAAGUCUGGGGAAAAGAGAAAGGAAUCUGAUUCGAGAAGAAAAACAUCUCAUUCUGAUGUUAAAGAGAGUAGAAAGGAAAAAGACAGAAGUAGAAUUAAAGAGAGUGAUAGAAGAGAGCACAAGAAGGGUGAUAGAAGAGAAAGACAGAGACAUCAUGCACGUGAAUCAAAUAGAAAUAAAAGGCGCCGCUCCUCCUCAGUCAGUAGCAGAGGUAGAACUGCAAAAGAGGAUUCAGUAGUUAGUCAUGUACAUGAAUCGAGCAAUGAGUCUUCAGAAGGGACUGACAGGAAGCUACAUUCAAGGAAGGACAGGUCACCAUCCCCUAUUAGAAUAAAGAGGAGACAAGAUUCGCGGUCUCCACAUAGCAAGCAUUCUCAACGCAGGCAUUCUCCCUACUCUUCUCUUGCAUCUACGAGGGUAAGGCGGUCUAGGUCCAGUUCUAGGUCUAGGUCACCUGUUGGGCGAAAAAAAUGAAUGGACCUUGGAUGCUAUUAUUUUUGGUAUGUACUGGAAAGACAAAGAUUGACUGGCCGCUGGAGAUGUAAAAGUGUUGCAGUGUACCAAAUGGGAGGAGAGAGCACAUUAUAUAUAGGGUCAUGGCUAUUUUCUUGCAUCCGGAUUGGCAAGAGAUAUUAAUUGGGUUCUGGUCUUCUUCAAUGAAUCUACAAAGAAGGAUAUGCGAAAGAUCGGUGGAUAACCUGUUUUUAUUUGUGCAUUGUUUGUUUGUUACUACUACUUGUAGUGGUAGUAGUGGAGGGGUGGUGGUGGACAAAAUACACACUUUUGUUUUAACUUGAGAUGAUGUAAAACUUUGGUCUUCUUCUUCACGUAAAGAACAAGAAAUGCUGCGGAGAAAUUAAAUCAUGGGUUGGGCAUGUUUCCUCUUGGAUU